AUGGCCCCGAUGGAGUACCAGGAAAGUUCGUUCGUUUGCCUGGUGGUAACUGGAGUAAGACAAGGAGCAGUGGCAGGAAACUUCCUGUUCAAUGUCGCCAUCAACGACAUUAUGCGGAGAACAGUAGAUCAGUGUCCUGCCGAUAUCAUUCUAGCACCAUCAGGACGCCUCUUGACCGAUCUCGAGUACACUGACGAUGUUGUUAUAUUGGCGGAAAGCAGUACGAAACUUCAACAUGCUGUCAUCCUUGUCGUCGUGUUGUGA